ACAGACGGCAGCUCUGUUCACGCGCCUGACCGAGAUGUGUCACUCACUGCUGCCCCUGCUGGUCACCCUGAGUCCUGCGCUUAUCAUCCUGCUGCUCCCAAAUGUCUCAGAAACCCAAGAAGUAGAACUCUGGGAGGACUACAAAUAUGGCCGCCACAGCUCUGAGCAUAACUGCAGCUGGAAAUGCAUGCUGUUCACCCUGCAGUGGCCGGGGGGCUUCUGCCAGUCUCUGUCCAAAGAGACUCUGUGCAGGAUUCCUCAGAACAUCAGCAGCUGGACCAUCCAUGGCCUCUGGCCUCUUCAUGUUCAGCGGUGCUGCAGCUGCUGGCCGAUGUUCCGCUCUGAUGUCCAGGAACUGGAAGGGGAGCUGCUGGAUUACUGGCCAUCGCUCCUGAAGACCAAAACAUAUUUUCAUUUCUGGAGAGAGGAGUGGAUCAAACACGGAUCGUGCGCCGCUUGUGUUGAAGGAUUCAACUCUCCUCUAAAAUACUUCCAGAUCUGCCUGAAACUACGUCAUCAAUUCGACAUCUACAACCUGCUGGAGGCUGUGGGUAUCACUCCAUCCUGUGAACGACUCUAUAAGGUUGCAGAGGUGAAAAAGGUCCUGCAGCCUCACAUUGGAGAAAAACACGAGGUCCAAUGUGUCAAAGAUGAGCAGGACAGACAGGUUCUGUUCCAGGUGAAAGUCCAGCUGACCCGUAACCUGACUGUGGGCUGUGAUCACCAUGGAGACGGCGAUGUGGACCCUGCGGAUGGGCCGGGCCUUGGACAGAGACCCUCUGGUGGGCACCCCUGCCCCCCAGACGUUCCUUUCUACUACUACCCUAUAAACCACACGGCGCCGUGGCAACCGUGCGGCUGACCCGGCUCCAUCAGAUGAUCCUCAGAUUCUCCUGCUCUGUUCUGUUUCAGCUGCUUUCGCUUUGAGUUUGGACUCUGAACCGCUCAGAUUAAAUGUAAAGUUUUAGCAAUGUGAAAAGUGGAUUAUGGUGGAUUUAGUUUUUUUUUUUCUCUAACUGUACUGAACCCAGAUGAUUAAAGCAUAAGAUGUCA